CCUGCACGACGGACGGACACAACAAUCCCUUGUGGGCUGGUGUCACCAGGAGGUCCCUGCCGGUGUCAGAGUGACUCCCGGUUGGGUGAUUGACUCCCUCUCCCCGUUCUGGAAUGUGUCUCUACCGGUUCCGGAAGGCAUCUACCGAGCGGAUGAACAAAAACACGACACGGAGGCUUUCGUGACUGCAGGAAUCCAUCCAUACCGUUUGGUUUCUUUGGGUAAAGUCACGAAAGAUAGAACAAAUAAUAAUAGGAGAAGAAGCAGAGGAGGAGGAAUAAGGAGAAGAAGAAGAAACCCUCCGGCUGCUGGAAGAUUCUUCGGGAAGACGCUCCCUGCGAGUUCGCUGACGAGGCCAAGUUGGAAGUUGUUACUACAACUCGGCCUUCAAAAGCUGCCGAUGGCAUGGUACGUGGGGGUGGACGUUGGCACUGCGAGCGUGCGGGCCGGCCUGGUCGAUCGCGACGGCACGGUGCACGCAUGGGCCUCAGAGGAGAUACGCGUCCAUCAACCACAGGCUGGCCGCUAUGAGCAAGACUCGCAGGACGUGUGGCGGGCGUGUUGUCACGUCGUCCGGCAAGUGACCACAAAUGUGGACGUGCAUCAGAUACGUGGGAUAGGUUUUGAUGCCACAUGCUCGCUGGUGGUUCUGGAUGAAAACUUUGGCCCGCUUCCAGUUAAUGAAGAAGGGGAAAGGUGCCGUAAUAUUGUGAUGUGGUGCGACCACCGUGCCAUCGGUGAGGCGGACCAGAUAAAUUGCACGCGACACGCGGUCUUGGCAUCACUCGGCGGGGUCAUGUCUCCUGAGAUGCAGCCCCCAAAACUGCUGUGGCUUAAACGGAACCUCCCAGACUCGUGGAAGAAGGCAUGGCAUUUUUUUGAUCUUCCGGAUUUCUUGACGUGGAAGGCAACAGGAUCUCUGACCAGAUCUCUCUGCUGUGUGGUGUGCAAAUGGACUUACAACGUGGACAGUGGAUGGGAUCAAUCUUUCUGGGAUGAGAUUGGAUUAUCUGACAUUUGCCAAGAAGGAUAUUCAAGAAUAGGUGUUGACUUCCUGGGACCUGGCCAGCCCCUAUCAGGGGGCCUGACCAUGCAUGCAGCCGAUGAGCUGGGCCUUCAACCUGGCACUGCUGUGGGAGCUGCUCUCAUCGAUGCACAUGCCGGCACUAUCGGUGUGAUUGGAGGAGACGUCACUGGCUUGGGCCUGGCCUGUGAAAGCCAGCCAAUCACAGCCAGGUUAUCAAUGAUUGGUGGCACAUCAACCUGUCACAUGGCUCUGAGCGACAAGGCGCUGUUUGUGGGUGGUGUGUGGGGGCCGUACCUCUCGGUCGUGCUUCCUGGACUUUGGCUCAACGAGGGAGGACAGAGUGCCACAGGAAGCCUGAUUGAACAUAUAGUGGCUGGUCAUCCUGCAUACAAUGAGCUGAAGAAAAUUGCUGAUGCCAGCGGUCAGUCAACCUAUGAAUGGCUGAAUCGGCGAGUGGUUUCUAUGGCAACUGAGGGAGCUCCACCUGCUACUUUGACUUCUGACCUCCACGUGUGCCCGGAUUUCCAUGGCAACCGAUCCCCGCUAGCCGACUCUUCCCGCAAGGGAAUGGUGAUUGGUUUGGACUUGAGCCGCACAUGUGAUAGCCUGGUGCUACUCUACUUGGCCACCCUGCAAGCCCUCGCUCUUGGGACACGCCACAUCCUUAAUGCGAUGACACAAUCGGGCCACAAUGUGAGCGCAAUAUUCAUGUGUGGAGGGCUGAGCAAAAAUUCAUUGUACGUGCAGGCACAUGCAGAUGCCACGGGUCUUCCUGUUGUGCUUCCAGCAGAGGCCGAGGCUGUGGUGGUUGGGGCGGCCAUUUUGGGAGCUUGCGCCUCUAAAGAUUUUACAUCCAUGCAGGAGGCAAUGCAGCACAUGGUAAGGGUUGGCAAGGUGAUUCAUCCAGACCCUGCUGUAAGAAGCUUCUAUGAGAGGAAGUACAAGGUGUAUAUGCUCAUGGGCCGUAAUCAACUGGAGUAUCGCUCGCUUAUGAGUUCUGCGGACCACCAUGCCAACUCGUAAUCAAGGGCAGAUGAACGACGAUAAUUAAUUAUUAGUAAAUGCAGUUGUGCCAAAGAACAAAAUGUAUUCAUUUAUCGAUGCGUUGAUUGAACGUGUAUUCCACAAAUCUGAUUUGUAACUAUGACCAGUAAAUAUGCAGCCCAGCAAUGACUUGGGUCACGUCACCAUCACGGCGUGUGGCGAAGGGCCUCCACUGGAGGGAGCCCUAGAGAGCUUGGAAUUACGUCCAAUCUUGACUCUGUUCAGUUUUAAAUCAAAUUGAUUACUUUAAACACGCUUCAUAUUUUAACUCAUGAAAUGAAGUCUCCAGGUGAUAUCUAAAGUGGUAUUUACACGAUCAGUAAUUUGUGUACACUAUUACUGCUUAUAUGAACACUAAGUAAAUUCAAUUAGGUUUAUGAAAUGUACAACUUUUCAAUGGCAAGAUUGUCAAAAUGAAUAUACAAAAUACUGAUUUUUCAUUCUACUGUAAUAACACUUUUAUAAAGUGAUUUGAAUAAACGUGAUUGCAAUGUA